AUGCACGGGGUGCAGUGGCUGCUGUGUCUGCUGCUGUUGCUGCUGAUUGUCUGCCGGGGAUCCCAAGGCCGGAACCAGGAGGAGCGGCUGCUGGCUGACCUCAUGCGUGACUACGACCCGCACCUCCGGCCAGCACAGCACGAGGCAGAUGUGGUGAAUGUCAGCUUGAAGCUCACCCUCACCAACCUCAUUUCCCUGAAUGAGCGAGAGGAAGCACUGACCACCAACGUGUGGAUCGAGAUGCAAUGGUGCGAUUACCGGUUGCGCUGGGACCCCCAAGACUACGACGGCCUGUGGGUUCUGCGGGUGCCGUCCACGAUGGUGUGGCUGCCGGAUGUGGUGCUGGAGAACAAUGUGGACGGCGUGUUCGAAGUGGCUCUCUACUGCAACGUGCUGGUGUCCCCCAAUGGCUGCGUGUACUGGCUGCCACCUGCCAUCUUCCGUUCCUCCUGCCCUGUCUCCGUCACCUACUUCCCCUUCGACUGGCAGAACUGCUCCCUCAUCUUCCAGUCUCAGACCUACAGCAGCAGCGAGAUCGACCUGCAGCUCAGCCAGGAGGAUGGGCGGCCCAUUGAGUGGGUUUGCAUCGACCCCGAGGCUUUCACAGAGAAUGGGGAAUGGGCCAUUGAGCACCGGCCAGCCAAGAUGCUUCUGGAUGCUGGGGUGCCGGCUGAGGAGGCAGGCCACCAGAAGGUGGGCUUCUAUCUGCUCAUCCAGCGCAAGCCCCUCUUCUACGUCAUAAACAUCAUCACACCCUGUGUUCUCAUCUCCUCGGUCGCCAUCCUUAUCUACUUCCUUCCUGCCAAGGCGGGUGGCCAGAAAUGUCAUGUAGCCAUCAACGUGCUCCUGGCCCAGACUGUCUUCCUCUUCCUGGUGGCUAAGAAGGUGCCUGAGACCUCGCAGGAUGUGCCACUCAUCAGCAAGUACCUCACCUUCCUCCUGGUGGUGACCAUCCUCAUCGUGGCCAACUCUGUAGUGGUGCUCAAUGUGUCCUUCCGGUCACCACACACACAUUCCAUGGCACGUGGAGUCCGAAAGGUAUUUCUGCGGGUCCUUCCCAAGCUGCUGCGAAUGCAUGUGCGUCCACCACGGGUCCCUGUGAUGGUGCGGGACCCCCAGCCCCGUGAGGUUUCCUCCAUGGGCAGCUCAGACACUGCUGUGGAGGAGGGGACCCUUCAGCUACCACGCAGUGAGCUCCUAUUCCGGCAGCAGCAGCGCAAUGGACUGCUGAGAGCAGCGCUGGAAAGGCUGGAACAAGGCCAGAAGUCUGGGCAGAGUCAGGAAUUAUGUGGGAGCUUGAAGCAGGCUGCUCCGGCCAUCCAGGCUUGCGUGGCUGCUUGCAACCUCAUCGCCCGUGCCCGAUAUCAGCAGACACAUUUUGACAGUGGGAAUAAGGAGUGGUUUCUGGUGGGCCGAGUCCUGGAUCGUGUCUGCUUCCUGGCCAUGCUUUCACUCUUCGUCUGUGGCACAGCUGGCAUCUUCCUCAUGGCCCACUACAACCGGGUGCCUGCUCUGCCAUUCCCUGGAGACCCCCGCCCUUACCUGCCUUCUGCUGACUGAGCUGUGCCCUGGCACAGGGCCAUGUGAGAGAGCUGGGGAAUAAAGGCCGGAAUGGAACCA